AUGAAAAAAGAAAGGUGGGAUAACAUGCCGAAGCCAACUCUUACAUCGCUAGAAUAUCUGGCUGAUUUGUACAAUGAUUUCGCUAGCCUUAGUUUGUGUGUAUCAGUAAAUUUGCUAAAUUUGAAGGAACUCAAUGACCAGAAAAUGUAUGAAAAGAAGGCCAAAUCGAGUAAACAGGGCCAAAAGUCAGUUUUGGGUCACGGAAAUGAGUUAUACAAAAAUUUUUUGGACAAAGAAGUGUGCAAGGGAGUUAAGUACUGUGACUCGGGAGUGUGGGACAUAAUCUCACGUUCACUGAGCGGAAGUGGUCUACUUAACCUCUGUAAUAGGUUCGAAGCUCUCUUGGUCCCGCAGAACCAGAAAACCAGACUGCCAAAGUUGCCAAAGGGCACUAUGGACUUUUGCCCAAAUGAAGUUCUUACAAGGAGAGUAGUAAUUAGUUCAAUAAAGGACAUUUUCAGACAACACGGAGCGGUUGAAAUAGAAACUCCGGUUUUUGAAUUAAAGGAGACCCUGUUAGGAAAGUACGGAGAGGACCAGAAGUUGAUUUUUGAUUUGAAAGACCAGGGAGGAGAACAACUUUCACUCAGAUAUGACUUAACAGUGCCGUUUGCAAGAUUUGUGGCAAUGAAUAAAAUGGAAAAGAUUAAAAGAUUUCACAUAGGAAAGGUUUAUAGAAGAGAUGAACCACAACUUGCAAGAGGAAGGUAUAGAGAAUUCUAUCAAUGUGACCUGGACUGUGCUGGAGAAUACCCCAAAAUGGUCCCAGAUUCUGAAGUUAUUUUCAUCCUAGUACGGGUUCUAAGGCUUCUGAAAGGAUCCUUUGCUGUUAGAAUUAACCACAGAGCAAUUCUUGACGCUGUACUUUUCCACUGUGGAGUUGAAGUUUCAAUGCACAGAACUAUUUGCAGUUCUAUAGAUAAGCUCGACAAAGUGCCGUGGGAUAAAGUAAAGCUUGAAAUGACUAGUGAAAAGGGAUUACCUGAAUACAUAGCAGAUAAGAUUAAAGAGUUUAUUGAGAUUAAUGGAAACUUCGAGGAAGUUUUAGGGAAACUGAGGGAUAAAAAUAUCAAAACACUCACAAAGGAUGAUUCAGAUAGUAAUGUUUUGGACGAUAUGGAAUUAUUGUGGUCCUAUUUAGAGUCGUUUGGAGUGAAAGAAAGUGAAGUGAUGUUUGAUAUGAGCCUUGCCAGAGGAUUAGACUACUACACAGGUGUGAUAUUCGAGGCGUUUUUGAAAGAUGAAGAUAUCGGAUCGGUGGGGGCAGGAGGGAGAUACGACGGGCUUAUCGGCAUGUUUUCUGGCAAAAAUGUACCUUCGGUAGGAAUGUCAGUGGGUAUUGAGAGACUAUUUAGAACAAUGCCAAAGCAGAACUCGGGUGACUUGACGGAUGUUUUCGUGUGUUCUGUAGGUUCCCCUCAAAUGUUCUUUGAAAGGAUGAAACUGGUUGGCAUGUUGUGGACUCAUGGAAUUAGAGCUGAAUUUCUAUAUAACGUCAACGCGAAUCUUCGAAAACAACUCGAUGCUGCGACAGAUAAAGGAGUAUCAUUGAUGGUGUUGGUUGGAGAUUCUGAACUGGAAACUGACACUGUUAAAAUUAAGAGGCUAAGUUAUAAUGAGGAGGAAAGGCUGGAUGAUUUAACAGUUAAAAGAUCCGACUUGAUAAGCACACUUAAAUCUCUCCUUUCAGAUAAUACAAAAUAUGACAAAUUAAUAAAAACAUUGUUUAAUCCAAAUAAUUUGGAAUCUUAA